GUGAAUGUCUGCUCUUCCUUCAUUUCGCAAAACAAAUUUGAUAUAAAAGCUAUAAAACACUUUUGAACACUACUACUACGCGGAUGUGUAAUUUUACUUGCUCGGUUUUAAAAUUUCGCCUGCCGCCAUAUUUGAUGUAACAUGGAGGACUCUACGAAAUGUCCCUAGAAAAUUCAUAAAGCACUCUAAUGAAAGUAUUCCAUAACUCUAGUGAAACAAAUGUAAAUUCUCCUUAACUUUAGGUUAUGCUAUCAUCCAUUCGUGUUGUGUUGUUACCUUCGCUUUCGAAUGUGUAGGAGUGUAGGGCCAUAUAUAUGUAUACGUUCUUACCUAUAACUUAUGGGCCAUACCGCCAUAAGCCUGAGUCUCACAGUUCUGUGCAGUGCCUGUGCACGUGAGUUCCGUUUAUCGUGUUCUGUAGGAUUCCCUAUCCUUGCACAUUAUUUAACAAAACUUAUUUCUAAAAAUUAGAUAAAAAGUAUUUGCAAUGGAUAACGAUAGAGGAAAGCAGAUGAGCAAAGGAAGGGGAGGAAUUCUCCUAAGAAUGAUAAUGGAGAAGGAAAAAGCAGAAGCUGAAGCUAAAGCUGCAGCUGCAGCUCAAUCUUUAUCGAUGACCAGCAGUACUGCUGACAUUUUGCCUAAUCCUUGUGUAGGAAUAGGAAGAGCUAAGCUAUUGGAAAUGGUUGUGCAAAGAAAAUCUGAUACAGUAAACCCUUCAUUACUACAGACACCAACUACUGGUCAAGGUAGAGCAUCUAUACUUAACAGAAUUAAGGCUACUAGUUCAGUUGGACAACACAUUGAACAGCCUAUAGCACGACAAAAUGUUCCAGAAUCAUCUGCAGAUGAUUCAGGAAUGCUGGGUAAAUUAUCAGACCUUACAGUACAAGAUACAACUCAAACUACGACAUCAUCGUAUCCAAAAGAUAAACCAAUUUCUCGACAAGGCACAAGUGGAAAACCGAUACAACUAAGUGCAAACUACAUAAAUCUCAAGCUAAUAGCUAAGAGAUGCUUGUUCAAUUACGAGAUUAAAUUUAAUCCUGACAUAGAUUCACGACCACUUCGGUCAAAACUUCUUUAUCAACAGAAAGAAGUGUUAGGAGAGACAAGAGUAUUCGAUGGUGUUAUGCUCUAUUUGCCUAAAAAAUUACAAACAGAUAGAACUGUUCUUCAAUCUACGCAUCCUAUGGAUGGGUCUACGGUAACAUUAACCCUAACAUACAAAAAAGAGCAAAGUAUGUCAGAGAACAUCCCAUUCUUCAAUGUCUUACUUGGUCGUGUUAUGCGAUCCCUCAGUUUAAUUCGCAUGGGACGACAUAAUUUAAAUCCAAAAGGUGUACAUUCAGUACCACAACACAAAUUAGAAGUGUGGCCAGGCUAUGUCACAGCUAUUAAUGAAUACGAUGGAGGUUUAAAGUUAUGCAUAGAUGUAAAACAUCGUGUCAUGCGUACGGAAACAGUGCGUGAUAUAAUGGUUAAUUUUGGAAAGGAUCCGAACUUUCAGCAAAAGAUAAUGAGAGAAUUAAUUGGAUUAUCCGUUUUUACAAGGUAUAAUAAUAAAACUUACCGUGUUGAUGAUAUUGCGUGGGAAAAAGACCCAACAUAUACAUUUGAGAGAGAAAAUGAUAAAAUAUCUUUAGUGGAUUAUUAUAAGCAGCACUGGAACCUACAAAUAAAAGAUUUAGGCCAACCAUUGUUGGUUCAUUGUUCUAAAACUAAGUUACCAGCUGGUGGUACACAAGAAAGACUGAUACUGUUAGUUCCUGAGUUAUGUUAUAUAGCAACUCUAACUGAAAGUAUUCGUUCAGACUUUAGAGUAAUGAAAGAUCUGGAUGCAAUAACUAAAAUGUCACCUAGUGCUCGUCGUGCUGAGUUAAGACAAUUUGUACAGCAAAUAAAAGAUAACGAAGUACCGCGACAAAUAUUAGCUAAUUGGGGUUUAGAGUUAGAAUCAGAUAUAGUAGAUUUUUGUGGAAGAGCUCUGGAGCCUGAAGAGAUAUGUUUUGGUAAUAAUAGAAAGUUUACAGCUCCACCUAAUAGACCUGCAGAAUGGAGUUCUGCUGCUUGUAGAAAUGUUGUAUAUCGAACUACUAAUUUAAAUCAAUGGUGCGUUUUGCACUGUCAAAAGGAUACGAGGUGUGCACAGGAAUUUGUGAGCAUGUUCAAAAAUGUAGCAAAAGUUAUGGGUAUAUCUGUUAGGGACCCACACAUGGUUUGUUUAAGAGAUGAUAGAAUUGAAACAUACGUACAAGAAUUACGCAGAAACAUUCAACAAACAGUAAAUUUAGCGAUCAUUAUAUUUCCUACAAAUCGAACCGAUAGAUAUUCUGCAGUGAAGAGAGUGUGCUGCGUUGAAAUGCCUAUACCUUCUCAAGUAAUUAUGUCCAGAACUAUUUCUCGCGGGGAUAAGUUAAAGAGUAUAACAGAAAAAAUUGCCUUACAAAUUAACUGUAAAUUAGGUGGUGCACUUUGGGCAUUAGCUGUGCCAAUGGACAAUUGCAUGAUAUGUGGAAUAGACGUGUAUCAUGCAGGUAUUGGUCAAUCAACAAAAGGGAGCGUUGCAGGAUUUGUAGCGAGUCUCGACAAAGCACUAACAACUUGGCACAGUAAAAUUUGUCUACAAGGUCGACACCAAGAACUAGUUGAUAUGCUACAGAUUUGCUUAAUUUCAGCAAUAAAAGCUUACUACAAGCAUAAUAAACUGUACCCGGAUCGUAUUAUCGUAUACCGGGAUGGUGUUGGCGAUGGUCAAAUAGAAACUGUUACUAAGUAUGAAGUAAAACAAAUGUUGGCAACAUUUAAAAAUAUAGAACCAAGUUAUCAGCCGACGUUAACCGUUGUGAUAGUUCACAAACGUAUCAACACGCGAUUAUUUACAAAAGCUUCAAGAGACCUACAAAAUCCGCCACCAGGGACAAUUGUGGAUUCUCAUAUAACGAAAUCAGCGGAUCUUUACGAUUUCUUCUUGGUAUCUCAGAAUAUACGAAUGGGUACAGUAUCGCCAACACACUACAUUGUUGCCUACGAUAAUAAAAAUAUGAAGGCUGAACAUAUACAACGAUUGACGUAUAAGCUUUGCCACUUAUAUUAUAAUUGGCCUGGCACUAUAAAAGUUCCAGCUCCUUGCCAGUAUGCACAUAAACUCGUCUCUCUUGUCGGACAAAAUCUACAAUUGGAACCUAAUCCAUCACUUUCUGAUACAUUGUAUUACUUGUAAGGUAUUAUUAUUCAUGACUGAUUGUUCCAUUGAGAAGUUGCUGAUUUACAUAUCAUAAUUAAUACCAAAGAUCAUUUAUAUAGCGAUAAUUAGAUAUUCUGAUUUUCUUCCACAAUAGACCUAUAAGGCUUGUAAAUAUAUCUUCACCUUUCAUUUCUAAAGAAUAUCGAAUCAAGAGAUACCCAAUUUCCAGAACACCUAAAGUCAGUAUUCUUUGAGUAUAAAUGGAUUAAUAAUCUAUAAAUUAAAUAUUUUAUUUUUAUACGUUUAAAUUGUAUUCAUGUAACCUAAGAUAUGUUGUUAUACCACCAUAAAAUGUAUUUUUCAAUAAUUAAGUUCAAGAUUA